AUGCUGGUUGCAAAUGUUGUUCAAGAAAAUGCUCCAUCCAAUGCCUCCUAUACAUCUCAUGAAAUUCAAAAGGAGAUUCUUUAUAUAUUUUCCAAUAAGGUUAGAAAAGAAAUUUGCCAAGAGAUUGGAAAUUCAAAAUUUUGCACUAUAGUUGAUGAAGCUCGUGAUGAGUCCAAAAGAGAGCAUAUGGCUCUUGUUUUGAGAUAUGUAGAUAAGGAAGUAUGCAUCCGUGAACGUUUUUUUGGUGUUAUUCAUGUCCGUGAUACUAUGGCUUUAACUUUGAAGGAAGGGUAUGAUGGAGCUAUGAGAGGUGAAUGGAAUGGCUUGCAAGCUUUAAUUUGCCAUGAAUGUCCAUAUGCCUAUUACAUUCAUUGUUUGGCCUAUAGGCUUCAACGUGCUUUAGUUGCAGCUUCUAGAGAAGAGGCUCAAACAAUUGAAGUUGCUACUAAGAUUGCUAAUGGUGAACUUGAAAUUGGAAGGGGGCUUAAUCAAAUUGGCACUUUAAAACGAGCUCGAGAUACUCGUUGGGGUUCUCAUUUGGAUUCUAUUUCUAGUUUACUGAAAAUGUUCAAUGCUACUUGUGUGGUUUUAAGUAACAUUGCAGCAAAUGGAGGAGAUGCAAAUUUUGCUUUGAAUCAGUUGUUAUCCUUUGAGUUUGUUUUCACUUUGCAUCUUAUGAAAGACAUUAUGGAAAUUACUCAUCUUCUUUGUAUAGCAUUGCAACGUAAAUCUCAAGAUAUUUUGAAUGCAAUGCAUCUUGUCUCAAGCACAACAAAGCUACUGAAGAAUUUUCGAGAUUCGGGAUGGGAUGAUUUCUUGGUGAAAGUUAAAUUAUUUUGUGAGCAACAUCAAAUUGAUAUCCCGGAUAUGAAUGCUCAAUAUAUUGCAAGACGUGGUAGAUCUCGAAGUCAUCAUAAUGAGAUUAGUGUGGAGCAUUAUUAUCAAGUGGAUAUAUUUCUUGCAACAAUUGAUUAUCAAUUGCAAGAGUUACAUAGCAGGUUUAAUGAUCAUACCGUGGAAUUGCUUGUUUUGAGCACUGCUUUAGAUCCUAGAAAUGGAUUUAUGCUGUUCAAGAUUGAUGAUAUUUGUAAACUUGCAGAGAAGUUCUAUCUGAAUGAUUUUAUGGAGCAAGAACCAGUACGUCUAAGAAUAGAACUUCAACAUUUUGAGCUCGACAUUCCAAAUCAUCCUGAAUUGCAAGAAUUAUCUGGUAUUCAUGAGUUAUGUCAAGGCUUGGUGAAGACAAGAAAAUCAGUGAUAUCUCCUCUUAUUGACAGAUUGAUUAGACUUGUUCUUAUUCUUCCUGUAUCAAUUGCAACUAUAGAGCGGGCAUUUUCAAUUAUGAAAAUAAUCAAGACAAAGCUCCGAAACACGAUGGAAGAUCAUUUCUUGAAUGAUUGUCUAACUGUGUAUAUAGAAAAGGAAGUUGUUGAAAAUUUAGCAGUGAUUCAAUCAUAG